GCAAGCCGUGUCUGGGGCUGCUGCACCUGCGCCCAAUCGCUGCUGUCAGGGCCAACCAUCUCGUACACUUGAUUGCUCCACUCUGGCUCAUCCUCAUCUCAAGACUUCAGACGGGCCUCCUGUUCCUUUUUCUCCUCGUCCACCACCGCCGUCCUUUUUCUCACAAUCCUCAUUCCAUGAGGCCUUGACCUCGUCCUCUUUUAUCCUCUCCUUUCCCUCUCCUCCUCUCGUCGUUGGACCUUCGGAUACAUCACGACUCGGCUGAGUAUCUCUCAUGUCCUCGACUCCUCUCCCACGCCCAGCUCUGACCUGUUCCUCCUGAGCCGUGUUCGAGCUGCACCACCUACCCUGCACUGCUCUUGACCAUCCUGCACUCGUUUACGCAGAACGUUCUGGAUAGCGUUCUGCCUUGGGUCUUCGGGCACAGAAAGAUCCUCGAUCACAUCCAAGAGAUUUGCAUCUCCCUGGCAAAACGAGGUCACCACAGUCUAGAAUAGCCAACGUGCUUUCCAGAUUCCACGAUUUCCCAGUGCAAAAUCCGGUCUCCUCUUGUGGCCUCUUUAGUCCGCAUUCCAAUCCAAGGCCCCAAUCACGCCCCGGCGGAGUCGUUCAUUCGACCUUCGCUGAACCUACGCACGAGCAGUCAAUCUACUUGGCAUACCAAUCCUUGGCCAGAUGAAGAGCAUUCGUGCUGAUCCCUAGUAACAAGGAUUUGUGCAUUGCCGUGCCCUUUCUCCCUUUCGUUUCCCAAGUCUAGAAGAGACACUUUUUUAACUCCCUUGGUUCCUGGCCACCUCCAGCCUCGCGCAGCAUUUGAUUGCGUCCGAUCAUUUCACUCCUUUCAAAGCUUUUGCCAACUACACGACUGUCACUCACUUUUAUCCGUCGUUAAUCUUCUCCCCUCUAGCAAUCUGAAUAUCUCAGCUCUCCUCUACCUCACUUCACACUGAUAAUUGUCCCUCCUAUCUCACGACUUUUGCAAACAUGGCUUUCAACAACAGAAUCUCAUCCUUCGGCUCCAACGACAGCGGCUACGAAAGUGGCAUCGUCGAAGUCUUCGACGAGCCUCGCCGUCCUGUCACCAAGAACCCAGACCACGCAAAGGAAAUUGCCAGACAUCGUCAGCAUCUGAUGGCUUCAGAGAUGUCAAGAAGAGAUGCAGACGAAUACCAACAAGACAUGCUUGAGCAUAUGCUGAAGAUGGAUGCUGACACCGUGCCUGACGUCGACGCAAUUGACAUCCAAACCGAGAUUCAGUGGUACAUGAGGCCUUACCUCCUCGAUUUCUUGGUCGAGGCUCACACGGCGUUCCAACUGCUACCCGAGACUCUCUUUCUUACAAUCAAUCUCCUCGAUCGCUACUGCUCGAAACGCGUCGUUUACAAGCGUCACUAUCAGCUCGUCGGCUGCGCUGCACUGCUCAUCGCGGCCAAGUACGGAGACAAGAAAGAGAAGGUUCCCACAAUUAAAGAGUUGAAGUCCAUGUGCUGUUCGCUCUACGAUGAUGACAUGUUCUUGCAAAUGGAGUGGCAUGUUCUGUCAACUCUUGGUUGGGCCAUUGGACACCCCACGGUCGACGCCUUCAUGCGAUUGGCCGUGAAGGACAAUGUCUACGACCCCGAAACAGAAAGCUUGACUCUCUACAUCUUGGAGAUCGCCCUCUACCACCGAGACUUUGUGUCCAAGCAGUCGCACACUCUUGCCCUUUCGGCUCUUGUUCUGGCCCGCCACAUCCUCGGUCGACCCCAAGCUCGCGCCAAUGAGUUUGGUUCUCACUUCUGCAGCACCACUGUCAUGGAAUUGUUACAAAAAGUCCACGAGCCUUCGGGCAUUUUAGCACGGAAGUAUGCCUCGGUGCGCUACUCCGGUGUUUCUCGGGUCUUGACCAACUUCCUUGCUCAAAAGGCUGCCAUGUCUGCCUCCAGGGCUCCAUUGACUCCGACAUAUGAUCUCAGCCCGCCUUUAGCAGCCACCAAACCCUCCGGCCCUGAAUACUUCCAGACUUACGCCACACCUCAAAAGCCCCAGUUCCCCUCCUUGGUCCAGCACGGUCUAUACACGCCUCCCAUCACUCCUGAGGGGGAAAUGUUUGGCGUGACACAAAAGACCUUCAACGCCCCCAACCAAUGUGCACCUCCCACGCCGACUCCCACUACUGUGGGCCAACAAUUUACCUCACAUUAUCCGACCUCGACCCAGCAAUGGAGCGGUGAAUCAUACUGAAUGUUCAUUGAUUUGAGGAGUCCCGCACGCUCAAGAAGAUAGAAUGAUCCUCCCAGCUUUCCCUUCGAUCGCGUCAUACUAUUCUGUCAGCACACACAGAAGUGUUUCUACUACCGUCAGACUUGUGAGAUUAGUUUUUGUGCAUUGCAAGCGUUCUUGUUAUGUUUCCGAGCAUCGAUAUUCCCUAGCAAAAAUGGGGGAAAAGAAAUAACAUCAAAAUCACUCUUUAAUACAAGUGACCACCUGGGGAGAGAAGAGUCGAUGUCUGACAUGGUCCUCUCUUGAGCAGAGGUCGAAGAGGAACAACGUUUCGGGUCUGUCAAUCGGAUGGGCGGAAACCAAAAUGAUCAACAUUGUGAGAUUGGAUUAUCAACAUGGUUAGUGCUGGAGCUCAUGGAGCAUUGAAUGGAUAUGGAACUGGGCGAAAGGAACUCAAGGCAACAAAGGGAAAGCCUCGGUGACUGAAGUUAUUGUACCUCAUGGAGGAAAAGAUUGACUGACGUCCUUGAAUCUUACUGAAGAAUGCAAGAGUCGGAAGGGAUAAGAUACCCAUAGGUUUCCUACUUAAUGCUGCAUUGGCCGUUCCUGUUCCAUCACUAUUCGAUUCUCUGCCUCCCAAUACGGAUCGAGGCGCAUUCUGCUCUGAUCUGUGUGUUUUUCCU